GAUUGAGCAGGAAGACAGGCAGGAGAGAAAAUGGCGAGUUGUUGCUGUGAGGAAGCUAUGUGAUCGGGUAUUAAAAUUAUAUGCUCAAAGACUUAAAUGUUAUUAGUGUUAAAUGUAGUUACUUUGUAAGGUGCACUAGAACACUGUGGACAGCACCAUGACAGCAAAUAUGUAUAGAGUUGGAGAUUAUGUUUACUUUGAAACUUCUUCCACAUCACCAUACCAGAUAAGAAGGAUAGAAGAAUUAAAUAAGACACCAAAUGGCAAUGUGGAAGCAAAAGUCAUGUGUUUCUUCAGGCGGCGGGACUUGCCAAACACACUUAUUAUGUUGGCUGACAAACAUCAAAUGGCUUCGUCGGACGAGUCGCCUGUCGCCAUGAAACUGAAGAAGAUGUGGCUGAAAGCGCCAGUAUCGGAAGACGGCGACACGAAUAUAGGUGCCUUAGAUGAGGAGUGUGAGAGUCAGGGUAGAGAAAAAGAACAGCAGUUAAAUGGGAAGCAGCGUCACCAACUGAAACACCGGGAACUCUUCCUGUCUCGGCAGGUGGAGACCCUCCCUGCGACUCACAUCAGGGGCAAGUGUUCCGUCACACUUCUCAAUGAGACAGAAUCCCUCCUCAGCUAUCUGAACAAAGAUGAUACCUUUUUCUACUGUUUGGUGUUUGACCCAACACAUAAGACCCUCUUAGCGGACAAGGGGGAGAUUCGAGUUGGCAGCAGAUACCAGGCAGACCCACCACAACUUUUGUUGAAAGAAGACUUACCUGAUAACCGAAACCUAGAGGACUUGGAAACGUUAGUGUGGACACCAUCGCAUCAUCUUACUGAUAGGCAAAUUGACCAGUUUCUAGUUAUCUCAAGAUCAGUGGGAACAUUUGCCCGUGCUCUGGACUGCUCAAGCUCCGUGAAACAACCGAGUCUUCACAUGAGUGCCGCAGCCGCUUCACGAGAUAUUACAUUGUUCCAUGCGAUGGACACGCUCCACAAGCAUUCAUACAACAUGGCUGAGGCCAUCAGCUCGCUAGUUCCCUCGACAGGUCCCGUCCUCUGUCGUGACGAGAUGGAGGAGUGGUCAGCCUCCGAGGCGAAUCUUUUCGAAGAAGCGCUUGAAAAAUAUGGCAAAGAUUUCAAUGAUAUUCGACAGGACUUUCUUCCAUGGAAAACGCUGAAGAAUAUAAUAGAAUAUUAUUAUAUGUGGAAAACGACCGACAGAUACGUUCAGCAGAAAAGAGUAAAGGCCGUUGAAGCAGAAUCCAAAUUAAAACAAGUGUACAUUCCUAAUUAUAAUAAACCAAAUCCAGCAAUAAUAAAUAACAACAAAGGCAUUGUGAAUGGGAACAGCAAUGGAGACGCUCCCAUUGGUGGGAAAGCUUGCGAAUCGUGUAGUGUGACGAUCUCCAGUCAGUGGUAUGCGUGGGGACCGUCACACAUGCAGUGCAAACUUUGCCACAAUUGUUGGUUAUACUGGAAGAAGUAUGGCGGACUCAAAGUACCUUCAAGAAUAGGCGAGAAUGACGCCGACAACAAGAAGAAGUCCGGAAGCAUGUCAGACGAUGAACGACUGCCAUCAAAUAUGGCGUCCCAUAGGCCACACCGUUGCAGUUUAGUGAACUGUGGCAAGGAGUUCAAGUUAAAAGCGCAUCUUGCUCGACAUUAUGCCACGGCUCAUGGUCUGGCCAUCAGGUCUGGAUCUCCACGCCCCAUUAUGAAGACACGCACUGCCUUCUAUUUAUGUACAACACCUCUGACCCGUAUCUCUCGCCGGCUUUGUCGACAUCUGAUUCAACCGCGUCAUGCUGCCAGAGCACCGUUCUGGCCAAUCAACGUACCUUCUGUAAAACAGGAAUGUCAGGUCCACAUGGCUGGGAAGUCACUGUUGGAGUUGAAAGACCUGCUAAGAUAUCGGAAGAAGGAGCGAGGGAGCGUAACUCACAUUGCCAAUCGUUUGGGUCAAUCCAAUCUCAUCACCCCAGACUGGCUAAUUCUUACUGCCAAGGAUAUGAUGCCUAAACCAGAGCACGUGUCAUUCCCAAAGCCACCAAAGGCUCCAGAUGGUACAUUAUUAUAUGAGCGUGUUCCAAAUAAACCUGAAGCUGAAAAGGCAGCAAUGAACAAUAUAUCACCUUCCCUGCUUAAACGAAGAGCAUAUGAAGAAGUAAAUGGUAUGGAUGAUUUGGAUUGGGAUGAAGGUAUAGUUGUACCACAACCCGGCCCUCCUGCCAAGCGCCCCAACAAGGAGGUCGGACCAAUAAGGGGCCCCGAAGGGUUUUCUCCAAUGAUGGGUCGGUCUGUCAUUAAUCACCUUAAUGGGAAAGCAAAAAUUGCUACAAUGACCCGUUCAGGCAGUGGUCGCAAACAAGUGAUUUCCUGGAUGGAUGCACCAGAUGAUGUCUACUUUCGAUCCACAGACGGAACCAAAAUUUCAGGAAAAUGAGAAGACAGCUAACGGGAACGGAGCUUCGUAGGGCGGCAAGGAAACCUUGGAGGAAAUUGAAUGUCAGGGGCAUGGAUGAACUAGUGGUAAUUCUGGACUGACAGAUUGACAUGACUGCGUGUCAGUAAUUUAUCUCUGGCAUUAGUCGUGUGUUCCCUACCCAAGGGAGGAUUAGAGACGCGGCUCGUCCGGCCACCCUCCCGUGAUAGGAGGGUGACCAGUGCUGAGGGUGCUUUGUGUGCGUGUGAAUAAUUGAUCUCCGUCUGCAUGAAGAAAGGAAGCGCGGUGUUGUGAAUAUAGUCAUGAAGGCAAUAACUUUUGAUGUACUAUAAUAUUUAAUUAAACUUAAAUUUGAACAUUGCCAAUAGCAGGAUACAAACUUGCUCUUCUGUGCACAAGCAAUUUCCCCACCAAUCCAGCUGUUAUUGUGAGUGGUUGAAAGUGUGGACUUACGCUAUUGAGCACAAGUUUCAGUGUGUCCACUUGUAUGUAUCUGGCUUGAAGGUAGUGAAAGGAAAUAAACAUUGUUAAAAAUUUCAAUUCUGGUUCUGGACGAACGGAAUGGAAGAUGGGUGGUAUUGUCAUGGUUCCCUUCUGCUGUAAUUUUGUAACGAAAGAUCGGUAUAUUUUACAGAUUAAUGCUCGAGUGCAGUUCGAGUACUGGGUGUUUACUGUUGACCAUUCCUCUUUCUUUAUUCUUAACAGAACAAUGUUACGUGAGCUUGCAACCACCACCUCAUAUAAGAAACAGUAUUUUGGGGUGGCGUAACUGGGGUUAGAGUCUCAAGGCAUCGUUACUUUUUGCUCAUGAUGCACUUUUUACUUUAAUUAAAGCACAAAAAGUAAUGAUAUAUGUAAUCAUUCUUCUGAAAUUAGUGCAGAUGUUUGGUGUUUGGAUAUGGUGCUUGCAUAAAUUAUUGAAAAUGCAUAGGAUGGAUGCCAAGGAAUUGUUUUUGUUACGUUGGUUAUAAAGCCGUGGGCGAACAACUCUGCCACACAGAAUACGGUAGUCAAAGUGUUGUCUUGUGAACUUGCCGCAUUGUCGAGUGGAUUGGUGCUGCAAAAAGGAGGAUUGAUUUUUACAGAGGUGGCGAUGAAGGCGACGCGGUCUGAUGUGAUUUGGGUUGUGAUGUACAAGUUUGAAAAAGAAGGAAAAGAAAAAAGGCAAGAGUACAACAGUAGUUGUAAAGUUCGAUGGAAUAGGUUUUGUAACGUGGAAGGAAGUGGAAUCUCAAGACAAAGAGAUACCAAGUGAUAGAUUUUUAUAUAUACGUUGUAUCCACAUCUACAUCCCAUAUUCUAUUUAAGCAUUUUUCUCUGUUCAGAUUGAUACGUCAAAUCACAAUGCACAAGUGAUAUGGUAAUGUGCAAGGAGCACAAGAACACUCGUCGUAAUCUUGGCCGCCUGCAAGCGGUGGCUUCGUGUUUGCGCGCGGGGGCACGAAACAUUUUUGAAUGAAUGUUCAAGAACCGUUUGUAAAGUACAAGAAGAAUCAUUCUGUUUUAUUCAAGAGAGACUUUUCAUCUUGUUUGAUGAGAUAUUGUAAUUUAAUAUUUGAAUGAAUAUUGAGGAUCUUAGUCUGAUGAGCUAGCCCGUUGUUAAUUCUUCCCUUCCAGCCUGCUACGUCCUGUCGUUUCGUAGUCUCGAGUUUUCGUGUUCAGCGCCCCUUGACGCCGGCCUCUUCUCUUUUCACUCUCUUAUUUAAAUUGGACCGUUAGUAUUGAUUAGCUCACGUGUUUAUCUGCAGAUAUUUAAAAAAAUUAUAUAUUCUUUUAAGAGAAUCACCUGUUGAAUGAAUUGAGCCCGUUUGUUUUUGGAUUCCAGCAAAUUGCACAAAUUUCUUUGAAGUAAUAAAAUCUCACUUUGCUAACCAGGCUCUUACUCCCAAGAGGCUUAUCAUCUUUAGCCAAUCUGCCUUUACUUGAGAAAGGCAGGCGGUGAAAACGUAAUUUCCUUGCUACUGCGUAAUUUAUUCACUGGAGGUUCUUUCUUCGUGUUUAGGCCUGAUGGAUUUUAGUGGUACUGUGUACUUACCAUACUGGUCAAAUAUAGAGAUGUAAUUUAUAAGAAAGCUUGUCAUUGCCCCCUUUCCUACGUGGUUGAAAUCUUAUUUGCCUUUUUGAAGACUAUUUGCUCACCUGAAUAAUAGUUUUAGUUACAUUUUGUAUUGUACAGAGAAUGAUCUGCAAGGCUCUUAUAAAUGAAUUGGACACUUUCAAAAAUGUGAAUAAGCUAAACAAGAUACAGAAAUUAAAAGUAUUUGAUUUAAGAUUUGUAGUAUCCAAACAGUAUUGAAACAUGUCCCAUGCUUUUUGAAAGGUUCUUCAUCAGUGGAUGCUGAAGUUCUUGAAGAUUCUCUUGCAGAUGUAGGAAGUAGACUUUAUUUUGAUAUAGCGCGAAAAGAAGCCCGCAGGUGCCAGAUCAGGUGCCCUGCUAGACAUGCCUUGGACUUCCACGGCCAGUCCGUAAUAACCCAGGCUUUUUCUUUUUUCGUGAGCUUGUUACGGCAGUGUUGUAGUGUGGUGCUGUGCUGUCUUGUUGAAAAAUCUAUAUUCUGAGGUCCUCGUCAGGCCGAGGCAUCGACUCUUCUGCGUCAAGACCACAAAUCUUACUUCCUGACAUUUGACAACACGUUUACUUUGUACUAUACAACACAUGUUCAGCUGUGUGGACUUUCUGUCUCCACAUCUUCAUGUUAUGACAAUUCACAAAUCCCGAGAUGAAAAAUUUACAUGAGAUAAUCGAUUUUCACAUCUUUCAGUCCAGCCUCAUAAAGUUGGGACAAAUUGUGAAUGUUUGAUCUUUAUCAUCUGUAAUGCUUGUGCCAACUGAAGCAUGUAGGGAUUCAUAUAUAAUUGUUUUGUUAUGAAACUUUUCAAAACCUAAAUCCUGUUGAUGGACACAUUUUAGUGCCAGUGUUCUGCGACGGUACAUAACCGAAAUACUUCAUGGGACAACCAUCUAUAAUCACAUCAUCAUUAAAACUUAGAUCCUACAGGCGACAGUUAAAAUUUAUACGUUUCUUAACCCUCUUGAGGUCUGUCAGUUGCCGUAAACACCUCAUGUGCCAAUUGGCACCUGAUUUUCCCUAAUCUUGGCUAAUUCAGAGAUAGUUGGUUCACUUGCUUGGUUGCUUUUGUGCCCAAGGAUCGUCAUGGUGGCUACUGGUCCGGCCUGCGUCCUGGCCGGUCGGAUUAUCAGGGCGUUGUUCCGAUGGUCCUACCUUGGAUUGCUUAACUCUUGCCGUUAGGUUCCCAGUUUGACUUGUGGUUGCUAAAGGACAUUUACGUUGAUUAAUUAAACAGCAGCUCUCCAAGUACCAUUUUCAGCCUGACUUUUAUUGCAGUUUACUCACAAGAAUUCUCUGAAAGUGUUCGAUUCUUUUGUAAUGACCGCCCGUACGUUUGACGCUUUCAUCGGUUGAUGAUUGACAUUGAAACUCUAAAGAUGUUGAUUAAAUAUGGCAUCUUUUAUCUUAAUGCAGCCUUUCCUAUGAGUUAAAGAAUUGUUUAAUUCAGUAUAAUAUUAAAAACAGAAAUGAGAUGUGAGCUGUAAAUCGAUCUUGAACUGUUGCUGUGUGAAAGAACCAUAAUUACUUACGUAACCAACUUCAUCAAUGAGUAUGUAUGAUCCACAUCUUAAAAUUUAGGAACAGAAAAGUACAUCUCGUACAUAUAAUAACAAAUGGUACAGAACGCCUACAAAAGUAGGAUCCAGUUGAAUGCAGGCAUAAUGACGAUGACGCUCAUUUUAUUUGUGUCUGCGUGUUUCACUGGGCGAUUAAACUGGUAGUGUUCUGUAUGUCUGUCUAUUAUAUGCGCACAGUAAUUAUACCAUUUUAUACGAUUAUUUGCAAGUGUGUUUCUCAUAGUGUGUUCACAUGGCACGUGUAAUCUCCUGGUACGUGAAUAUGGCUAAUUAUUUAUCAUGUUGAAAUCAUUUUUUCAAUUUUACAAAUAAACUUGAUACAAAAAUGGUUACAUAAAUUUACAAAUGUGUGAAGUUUCUAAUACGUCACUGGUAUCAUUUAUUACGUAUCUUUGGUGUUACAGUUACCAUUCACAUAACUGACGCUCCAGUCGUUCUAAGAAUGAAAAUGUUAUUGAUUCAUGUCUGCACUUCAUAAUUGUAUUUAACCUUGUAUUUUGAAAAUCUUGGGAUGAGUUUUCGUUACUGGCCUUUCAGUAACGUCAUUAAACAUUGAUUCUUUACUUGA